AGAAGAGAGGAAGAAUAGAGCAGCAAAAACUUAAAACCAACCAAUCAAUCAAUCAAUAAAAAUGUUGCGCAUUAUCUUCCUCUUAUCUCUCCUCUUCGCUCUAUCCAAUGCCUCCGUUCAAGACUUCUGUGUGGCCAACCUGAAACGCGCUGAGACCCCUGCUGGCUACCCUUGCAUUCGCCCCAUCCAUGUCAAAGCCUCGGACUUCGUCUUCAGCCUAGGCACUCCCGGUAACACCACCAACAUCAUCAGCGCUGCGGUCACGCCGGGCUUCGUCGCUCAGUUCCCGGCUCUCAACGGUCUAGGCAUCUCCACGGCUAGGCUUGACCUAGCACCCAAAGGUGUGAUCCCAAUGCACACUCACCCUGGUGCCUCUGAGGUUCUCUUCGUCCUCGACGGCUCAAUCACCGCCGGGUUCAUCUCCUCCGCCAACUCUGUCUACGUGCAGACGCUGAAACCGGGACAGGUCAUGGUGUUCCCGCAGGGCUUGCUUCAUUUCCAGAUCAAUGCCGGCAAAACAGCUGCUGCAGCGUUUGUCACUUUCAGCAGCGCUAGUCCUGGUCUCCAGAUUCUUGACUUUGCCCUAUUCGCCAACAGUCUUUCCACUGAACUCGUCUCGGCUACUACUUUCCUUGAGCCUAAAGUAAUCAAGACGCUUAAGGGUGUUCUUGGUGGAACUGGCUAAAGAAUAAAAAAGGACUUAGGAACAACAAUGCCUGUUUGUUUUUUCUUUUCCCUUUGAUGGAUUCUUCUUGUCUUUGUCUGUUUUGUAAUUCUUCAAAAAAACCUGUCAACAUGGUUACAUUGUAAUGUGAGCUUUUCAUUUCAUAUC